GUCAUGCCAUGCAAUUGUCUAAUGAAUUUUGUCGACAGCUUGACUUAGUAUAGAGUUGUGUUUUAUUCAGGAAUCAGCUUUAUUACUGAUCGGAAUUGUCAAUAAAAAAUAAUAUACUCUCAAAUAUUGAGUGGAAUUGGCAUGAGCUCCAUGGAUCCGGUGAAGCUGUGUGCUCAAGUGCACUUGGCAGUAUCUGCCUUGGACCCUGCCCACAACACCACUACUAUUGUGAACCUCUAUCGGGCGCUGAUAAUGGAACUGAACAAACUGCAGGCCUCAUCUGUUCACGUGGCACCAUUGCUCAGUUACACACACCUCAAGAUGGCAGAUGUUCUCCAGAAACACACUUCGAAUUCGAACUUAGUGCUGGAGCACUGUAAUUAUUGCAUUGAACUGGCGAUGAAAGUCCAAAAUGAGCCUGGCCAGGAUCCCUGCUUGGCAGAUAAUUGUCUUCUUGCCUCAUGGAAAUCACAUGUUGUCCAUGUCCAAAAGGGCAAUGUAUUGACCGCAGUGGAAAUCUUGACCAAUAGCGUCUCAGUAGCUCAGUGCAACCCCAGAUGGUUUUUCAGAUUAGUUCUUCGAAUAGUUAGCUUAUCGUGUCCGUUAGCAGAAGUGGCUUCAAAAUAUAAACUAGACAGCUGUAUGGACGUGUUAGUCACAGCAGAGAAAUAUGCAGACAAAAUCAGGACCCAGUACAUGUUUUUACUCAUGAGAUUACAUCGAAUAUUAUUGCUCAUGAAACAAGGCUCAACGGAGAGGGCGGAAAGCCUAAGCGACGAGAGUGACGCUUUGGUGAAUCAGUUCGCGGAUACUGCGAAAAACGAGUUCCAUGGACAACACAUUAAAGUGCACCAUCUCAUGCUGAAUAUGCUGGCCAAAUUGUCGGUGGGAAAGAUCAAGAGCACAAGAGGCACUUUGAAACAACUCCAAGAUGCAAUUAAGAUUCUCACUCAGUCCAAUUUAGAUGGUAUUAGGUCUAAGAAUCCGGCAGAGCAAUUUCAGUGGAUGAGAUCCGAGCACAUGUGUAUAUUGGCAUAUCUUAUAACUGUAAUUCACCAUUCGUGUGGCGGCUCCCUCGAGAAAGCCAAAAAGUACGCAGAGAAAGCAUUGAUGCAAAUUGAGAUUUUAAAUUCUGCCAAUGAACUGAACGUGCCACAACAGGGAUCCUCGGUGGAGUCGGUUGUUCAUCAUGACCAGAUGUUGCUGAAGCUUCACGUGAUGAUAAUGGAGAGCGUGGUACAAUGUGACUUGGUGAUGGGACAAAAGCAAUUGGCUAUUAAAAAGAUUGCUCAAGUGGUUUCAAUUGGAAGCAAAAUAGAGCGUUUCUUCGAAAGAUUCGGACCGCAGAUCCAUAUGCUCAUGGGUCUAUACUCAAUGACUAUGAACAUAAUGGAUAAUGCCGAAGCCCAGUUCCAGUCUGUCCUAACCACCUCUGUCAACAAAGAUCUGGUUAUUUUUGCAGCCUUGAACCUUUCUGUGAUCUUUCUACGGGCUGGUACGCGACCAAACGAGGCUGAAAAGAUCUUAUCCACAGUUGAUCCUAAGAACUUUCCAUCUCCAUCCGAAAUAUUGAAAGCAGCCGCUUACUUUUUGCGCAGCUUACAUGCUUUCUACACAAACCAAUAUAUGGAAUGCAGGACAUUCAUUAGAGAGACAGUGAAGAUAUCGAACAACGAGGAUAUCAGUCGACUUACAACCUGCUCCUUCGCGUUGCUGGGACACGUCCAUCUUAUGACGACGUCGAACGGAAAGGAUUGCUGUGAGACAGUCUGCCCUGCUUUGAAGAUGGCAGAAAAGGUGCCGGAUGCUCACGUGAAGCUCUGGGCAGCAGCUUUGCUGGGGGACGCUGUCAAGCUGCCAGGCUCAAGCAACAUCACCCUCAAACAGAACCCAGAAGUGGUGCAUGAGACUGUUAAGCAGCAGCUGCUGAGUGACUUCCUCACAUCUUCAAAGUUACCACAGCAUGAAAUUAUUCAGUGGGUGCACGGUCCACUCCCUGAGAAACUGAAAGCACUGGCAAAAUCCUCAUCAUUGCCCACAAAUCCACAAUGAUGAGAUACUAUCUGUUCCCAAGCACUCUGAAAUUACCGAUACGCUGCUUGAAGAUCUUCUCUUAUUGCAGCAGCUAUUUUCAAACUAAUUGAGACAUUACUUAUUUAUUGUUGCUCUAAUGUUUGUUGUU